CGCACACAGAGCUUGUGCUGGGUCACUGCCUCUCCCAGCUCAAGGCAGAAUCAGGUUCCUGUAAUAGGGAAGAAUUCAGCUGACAAGAGCAUGACUCCCUUCUUUGUGAUGUCUCUCCUCUUUGGCCUGACUUUCGGUCACACAGCAUCACUUUGUGCUCCUUCUGAGUAUAUAAUCCAUGUGGAGAAAAGGGAAUGUGCCUACUGCCUGGCCAUCAACACCACCAUCUGCGCUGGAUUUUGCAUGACUCGGGACAGCAAUGGCAAGAAGCUGCUACUCAAAAGUGCUCUGUCGCAGAACGUGUGCACAUAUAAAGAGAUGUUGUAUCAAACAGCACUAAUUCCAGGCUGUCCUCGUCACACCAUCCCUUACUAUUCCUACCCUGUGGCUGUGAGCUGCAAGUGUGGUAAAUGUAACACUGAUUAUAGUGACUGUGUUCAUGAGAAGGUUAGGACAAACUACUGCACUAAACCACAGAAGCUCUGUAAUGUGUAAGCUUCCAACAGAAUGUGGUCGAAAUGUACCUCUCUGCUCACAGCUAAACAUAAAUAAAAGCAUACUUCAUAACAGGUUUGCAAA